GGUGUGUGUCCGCGUCCCCGCGGAAGUGGUGGCAGCGAGGGAGGAAGAUGGCGGCCCCUGCGGUGGCAGCACCUGGUGCCGCGGCCGGUCGUUCUAACAAGCGAGGCGGCGGCGCGCCGGGGGGCGGCGGGGGACCCAGAGGCACUGAGGAAGAGCCACCUCCACCCCUGCAAGCCGUCCUGGUGGCCGAUAGCUUCAACCGCCGCUUCUUCCCCAUCUCCAAGGAUCAGCCUCGGGUCCUCUUGCCCCUGGCCAAUGUUGCACUAAUUGACUACACUCUGGAAUUCCUGACUGCCACGGGUGUGCAGGAAACGUUUGUCUUUUGCUGCUGGAAGGCUGCAGAGAUCAAGGAACAUUUACUGAAAUCCAAGUGGUGUCAUCCUACAUCCCUCAAUGUCAUUCGAAUAAUUACAUCAGAGCUAUAUCGAUCACUUGGAGAUGUCCUUCGUGAUGUUGAUGCAAAGGCCUUGGUGCGUUCUGACUUUCUUCUGGUGUAUGGAGAUGUCAUCUCAAACAUCAAUAUUACUAGAGCCCUAGAGGAACACAGGUUGAGACGGAAGCUAGACAAAAAUGUAUCUGUAAUGACAAUGAUCUUCAAGGAGUCAUCCCCCAGCCACCCAACUCGUUGCCAUGAAGACAAUGUGGUAGUGGCUGUGGAAAGUGCCACAAACCGGAUUCUGCAUUUUCAGAAGACCCAGGGCCGGAGUCGUUUUUCAUUUCCUCUGAGCCUGUUCCAGGGCAGUGGAGACGGAGUGGAAAUUCGAUAUGACUUACUGGAUUGUCAUAUCAGCAUCUGCUCUCCUCAGGUAGCUCAACUCUUCACAGACAAUUUUGACUACCAAACUCGAGAUGAUUUUGUACGAGGCCUGUUAGUGAAUGAAGAGAUUCUAGGAAACCAGAUCCACAUGCAUGUAACAACUAGGGAAUAUGGUGCCCGGGUCUCCAAUCUACACAUGUACUCAGCGGUCUGCGCUGAUGUCAUCCGCCGAUGGGUCUACCCUCUCACUCCAGAAGUGAACUUUACUGAUAGCACCUUGCAAAGCUACACUCAUUCCCGGCACAACAUCUACCGAGGGCCUGAGGUCAGCCUAGGUCAUGGCAGCAUCCUGGAGGAAAAUGUGCUCCUGGGCGCUGGCACAGUCAUUGGUAGCAAUUGCUCCAUCACCAACAGUGUCAUUGGCCCUGACUGCCACAUUGGUGAUAAUGUGGUACUGGACCAGGCCUACCUGUGGCGGGGUGUUCAGGUGGCUGCUGGAGCACAGAUCCACCAGUCUCUGCUCUGUGACAAUGCUGAGGUCAAGGAGAAAGUUAUAUUGAAGCCACACUGUGUCCUCACUUCCCAGGUGGUAGUGGGCCCUGAUAUCGUGCUGCCUGAGGGCUCGGUGAUCUCUUUGCAUCCUCCAGAUGCAGAGGAAGAUGAAGAUGAUGGCCAAUUCAGUGAUGAUUCUGGGGAUGACCAAGAAAAGGAGAAGGUGAAGCUGAAAGGUUACAAUCCAGCAGAAGUAGGAGUCGCAGGCCAGGGCUACCUCUGGAAAGCUGCAGAUGUGAACACAGAGGAGGAGGAGGAGCUGCGGCAGAGUCUGUGGGGACUCACAAUGAAUAUGGAAGAAGAGAGUGAAACUGAAAGUGAACGAAGCAUGGAUUCUGAGGAAAUUGACAGCAGGGGUGGUUCUCCCCAGUUGGAUGACAUCAAAGUAUUCCAGAAUGAAGUCCUGGGAACACUACAGCGAGGCAAAGAAGAGAAUAUUUCUUGUGACAAUCUAGUCCUGGAGAUCAACUCUCUCAAGUAUGCCUAUAACAUAAGCCUAAAGGAAGUGAUGCAGGUACUGAGCCAUGUGGUCCUGGAGUUCCCCUUGCAACAAAUGGAUUCUCUGCUUGACCCAAAUCGCUACUGUGUCCUGCUGCUUCCUCUUCUCAAGACCUGGAGCCCUGUUUUUAGGAACUACAUAAAGCGCACAGCUGACCAUCUGGAAGCAUUAGCGGCGAUCGAGGACUUCUUCCUGGAGCACGAAGCCCUUAGUUCUUCUCUGGCCAAGGUGCUGAUGGCUUUCUACCAACUGGAAAUUCUGGCUGAGGAAACAAUUCUGAGCUGGUUCAGCCAAAGGGACAUAACUGACAAAGGCCAGCUGUUGCGUAAGAAUCGACAGCUUCAGAGGUUCAUCCAGUGGCUAAAAGAGGCAGAAGAGGAGUCAUCUGAAGAUGACUAAAGUUGUACUGGCUGCUCCUGAGGCGCAGGACAAGUGAGGCAGCUGCAGAAGGAUGAAUGGCCACUACCCAGACUGAGACUGAAAGGAGCAAAGGCUAAACUACAGUAUUCCUUCCACCACCAGCCGUCAUGUGCCUCCCAUCCAUACCGAAGUUGGGAUGAAAGAAGUUGAUUGGAACAAAGUUCAUGCCUUGCAAAAAGCUAGGCAGACCCUGCUGUUGGAGGAAAACCAAAGGAACAGCUUUGUGUUCGCUUUCCCUCAGGGAACAGCAAAGAGCAGCUGGCCCUCUCUGCUGCUUCUAUUCGUUGAUAUUAAAAAGAGAGGGGGCAGUGUUUGGCUUCUCCAACUCUGAUCAGCCA